AUGCGCUUCGACGAUGCAGCCUGGGAAGCAAGCGAAACCAUCUCCGACAGCUGGGUGGCCGGCCUAUUCCAACCCGACACCCUCCGGGCCAUCGGCGACUUCAUGAUCAAACACCGACGAGGCGUCCCAAUUGAACUGUGUCAGCCCCGAGCAGGGACAUUUAAUGUGUCGUUUCGGAUGAAGUUCGAAGACGGUGGCUCGGCGCUGAUCCGCUUCCCCAAGCCUGGGACCACCAUGUUCCCGGAGGAAAAAGUGAGGAAUGAAGUCGCGACGAUGCGAUACAUCCAAGAGCAUACUUCGAUCCCGGUACCUUUUGUUUUACACCGGGGCACAAGGGAAGAGAGCCCGCUUGGUCUCGGCCCGUUCAUUCUGAUGGAGUACGUCGAGCAUGCUAUGGAUCUGGGCGAGGCGUUGAACACGCCCACCCUCGGGGUUGACGAUCGCCCGGUUCUUGAUCCGGCCAUUGAUGUUGGAAAGCUGGAGAUGUUUUUCGGACAGCUCGCAGACAUAUUGCUGCAACUGUCGCGGUGCUCACUAUCCCGGAUCGGGUCUCUAAUGCAGGUAGAUUACUUCACCUGGGAACCCAAGCACCGGCCUUUAUCGAUGGGCAUGAAUGAACUCGUCCGCUUAGGGACUCUUCCUCGCUCAAAACUGCCAACCACCACCUUCGAGACGGCAUCCAACUAUUUCCAGGCCCUCGCUAACCUGCACUGCGAGCAUCUGUACCACCAGCGCAACGACGCAGUAGACUCAGCAGAUGACUGUCGGCGUAGGUUCGUCGCCCGCCGGCUAUUUUCCAGACUCGCCGGUGAGAAGGGGGGGCGGCUGGCCUCCUCAAGAACCGACCACGGACCUUUCACGCUCUGGUGUGACGACCUUCGGCCCUCGAACAUCCUGCUCAACGAGCGCCUGCAGAUCGUCGGUGUCGUUGACUGGGAGUUCACCUAUGCGGCGCCGGUUCAGUUCUCUCAGGCACUGCCUUGGUGGUUGCUGCUCGAACAGCCGGAGUACUGGUCUGAUGGGGUAGAGGCGUGGGAAAGGAUAUUUGAAAGUCGUCUACAACCGGUACAUCACGACAGUACAAUAAUUUAUCGGUGGGUGAGAUGA